AUGUGGAAUUUCAACUCGAAAUCAUUGACCGCGAAGAACGUCAUUGACCUGAUGGGUGAACCUAAAGUCAUGAAUCGUCUCUUCGAUGAGCAUAAGAAAGUUUUAGAGACUGAAGUCCCAUCAAAACUGAAGGCGUACGAUUUCGCUGGACCCAAAAACCGGCUACUCUUCCGGCGUAACCAAGUGAAUCUUUCUGGAGAAGAAACCUCAGUCAUUAAUGCAAGUUACAUCGGCGGAUACAAAAAAAAUGACGCGUAUAUAGCCACGGAAAACCCGCAGUCUGCAGAAGAAGCCAAAGCCUUGUGGGAGUCAGUGAUUCUGCAUGGAAUUAACAUCAUAGUGAUGCUGAAUAAGUUUGAAGAAGACGAAAAAGGAUAUGUUUACUGGCAUCCUGAAGUUGGGAAAUCAUUGAAGUUUGGAAAGCUAACAGUCGGCACUGUCAAAAGAUGGAUGAUUCUUCCAACACUUCAAAUUACAAAGCUUGUGGUAGUUAACGAAGAUGGAGAUUGUUUGUCGGUUUAUCAUUUUCUUUACUCUAACUGGCAAAAUCGUCAUAUCUUGCCUCCUACCGAAGACUUCAUGGACAUGAUGUUCAAAGUUAGAAAAUACAGGGAAAAUACAGUACGUUUUGAUGGAUAUUACGAGGAAUUGAGCCCCAUAUUGGUGCACUGCAGUAAUGGGUUGGACCGGACCAUGAUCUUCUGCACGAUUGACAUCUCGAUUUCCAAGUACUAUCGGACAAAGAAAGUGAAUAUAUUUACCACAGCAAGAAAAUUAAGGCAAGAGAGGUUCAGAAACCAGGAAGAUACAUCAGUCCUGGAACUGGUUCCCCGGAAAACCACCUAA